CAAAUCACUUGCAGAACCAAAAUGUUUUUAUGUGUUGUAUUUUUAUUCUCCUCUAUAGUGGAGAGCCAAUACCUCAUGUGGAGUACACUGACAAGGAGGUCAACACCUGGCGCACCAUCUUUUGUGAGCUGAUUAAGCUGUUCCCUACUCACGCUUGCAAGGAGCACAACCAUGUCUUCCCACUGCUACAAGAGAACUGUGGCUUCAGGGAGGACAAUAUUCCCCAACUGGAGGAGGUCUCUCAAUACCUGCAAUCAUGUACUGGGUUCAGGCUCAGACCAGUUGCAGGUCUACUAUCCUCGCGUGACUUCCUUGCUGGGCUGGCUUUCCGUGUGUUCCACUCGACCCAGUACAUCCGUCAUUUCUCCAAGCCAAACUACACCCCUGAGCCUGAUGUCUGUCAUGAACUGCUCGGCCAUGUGCCCCUGUUCUGUGACCCAUCAUUUGCUCAAUUCUCACAAGAGAUUGGGCUGGCCUCCCUCGGAGCCCCUGAGGAAUAUGUACAACAGUUAGCCACGCUCUACUGGUUUACCAUUGAGUUUGGUCUGUGCAAGCAGAACGGGCAGACCAAGGCAUAUGGAGCUGGUCUACUCUCCUCCUUUGGGGAGUUGGAGUACUGCCUGUCUGACAAGCCUGAUGUGCGUCCCCUCGAUCCAUUCAAAACCUCUUUUCAGAAGUACCCUAUCACAGAGAUGCAACCAGUCUACUUUUUGGCCAAUAGCUUUGAAAAUGCUAAACAGAAGCUGAUGGAAUUUGCACGUACAAUCCCCCGGCCAUUCUCUGUGCGUUACAACCCCUACACCCAGAGUGUGGACAUCAUCAAGGACAAGAGCUCAGUGCAGAACCUGGUGAGCGAUAUCAAGUACGAAGUGGAUAUCCUACAAGACGCACUGAGGAAGCUACAGUGAUUGAAACUUUCAUUAAAAACUUUUAGACUAUAAUUAUAUAAAGGCUGUUGUGUGUGUUUAUGUGUGUACUUUUUGCUAUAAUUAUUUAUAGUCAUAGUUCCAUAUCCUAGCAACUGUGUAUAUAUGAUAUAUUCCUGUUUUUUCACAUA